AGCAUCCACCAGCUGUGGAACUAUUCAAGACCUCUAUGUCUUGAGCUCAGGUUGUGAGAUAAGCUAUGGGUAUUUGAUAACUGCUUGGCUGAGAGCAACUAAAUUAUAUUCUGCUUCAUGGCCGCUAGUCAGACAGUUGAGAGAGUGUCAAACUUUGACAGUUGUGACUGAUCUAAACCCUGCCCCUUUGGAGUUUAUGGCCUGCCAAAAGCCUCCUAAGGCAGAGAGUCCAUGUUUUGGUGGCUCUUGUAUCUGAGGAGCUGCCAGGCAAGCCAGGGCUGUUGAAGCUCAGAGCAUCCUGGCUUCGCACACUUGCUUGGAAGAAAAAACAGGAAGAGUACUGCUAUUCCUGGGUGGAAGGAGCUGGCUAGUCUUCACAGCUAGAAUGGACAUCCAUGAAUCAGAACAGACACUUUGCCUUCCCUGACCACUUUUCCUUUUAUGCUCUUUAUUGUGGAUUUGGGAAUCGUGAUACCAUAGAGGCAAAACAUUCAGAAGUCAUUAAACUCCCUCAAAGGUAUUGCUUUUUAAAGAAAGAAUUCUUUUGGAAUAAAUGUCUGAUGGGCUUGUAAGCUACAGAAUAUACACGGACCAUUUUCCAUAUUCUUUUCUACAAUCACAGAAGCAAAGUCAUUACCUUUUUUUUUUUCUUUUUUUCUUUUUUUUCAUAGUGUCAGAAUUCCCAGAGCUGGAACUGUGUGAGAGUACAAAAAAAUGAAAGAAAAAAACCAGACAGUCAAGUGACACGUGUCCUCCCUGCUAACCCAAGUGGAGAGGAAAUGUUACAGUUUGCAUGUGUGUCCCUAAAAAGAAGAGCUUUUGAUUAUAUUUGGAGGCUCCUGUGAACCUUGAGUGAUCAAAAGAUAAAUCAUUCUAGUGACUAUUUGUCAAGAGGGAUCUGCAGGAAUGGCAUCUCUGACCUGGGAUGAUAAAGAAGAUAAGGCCGGGAUGAGAUAAUUCUUCUGUGAAUUGUGUAUUACAGUUCAGCAUUGAAAAUUAUUCAAAGUGACAAAACAUUUUUCAGCAGAAAGCCUCACCAGUUACAGUAUUUAUUUUAUCCAAACUCUGUAUCUUGAGGAAGAGAUAGUUUAUGUCAUUUAUAGGUGUGUGAGUUAUUAAAAGUUGGUAGAAACAUGUUUGAAAUUGAACUAUGGGUAUGAUAUGAAAUUGAACUAUGGGUUAAUUUAUUUCCUAAAUGAAUGAGAAAGGAAACAGAUUGCUGUGAGCUUCUGCUCUCACUUCCUUAUGAGAGAAGUCAUAGACACUGUCCCAGAAAGAACGGGGCUGUUGUGCACUCUUGUCUCGGGCAAACAUGGGUAACUGGGUGGAGAAUGAAGGACUGUCCAUCUUUGUCGUUCUUGUGUGGUUGGGGUUAAACAUCUUCCUCUUUUGGUGGUUCUAUCUUGCAUAUGAUCUCCCACAAAAUUUCUUCUACAGCAGAGUACUCCUUGGUCAUGCUUUGGCUCUGGCAAGAGCUCCUGCAGCGUGUCUGAAUUUCAACUGCAUGCUGAUUCUGCUGCCAGUAUGUCGAAACUUGCUCUCCUUCCUCAGAGGAUCAAGUGCGUGCUGCUCUACCCGUAUCAGACGGCAACUGGACAGGAACCUCACCUUUCACAAAAUGGUGGCAUGGAUGAUCGCCCUUCAUACUGCAAUUCACAUCAUUGCACACUUAUUCAAUGUAGAGUGGAGCGUGCAUGCACGUGUUGAAGAGGAAGGAACAUUGGCAGCUGUGCUUUCUAGACUUGGUGAUGGCCCACAUGAAAGCUAUAUCAACUUUUAUAGACAAACUAUUCCGAAUCCUGUGGGAGGCUUAUAUGUGGCUUUCACGUACUUGGCUGGUAUCACCGGUGUUAUCAUCACCCUGGCCCUCAUACUAAUCAUCACAUCAUCCACCAAAAUCAUCCGAAGGUCAUAUUUUGAAGUGUUUUGGUACACUCACCAUCUUUUUGUCAUCUUCUUUAUUGGCCUUGUCAUCCAUGGUGCUGGGCGCAUUGUGCGGGGACAGACAGCUGUGAGUCUGGCUGAACAUAUUCCAGAGAUGUGCUCUAAGAAUUUCACUGACUGGGGAAAGAAAGGAGCUUGCCCUGUCCCCCAGUUUGCAGGGAAUCCUCCUAUGACAUGGAAAUGGGUAGUAGGUCCCAUGUUUUUGUACCUCUGUGAGAGGCUGGUGCGGUUUUGGAGAUCACAGCAGAAGGUUGUUAUCACAAAGGUGGUGAUUCAUCCCUUCAAGACAAUUGAGCUCCAGAUGAUGAAGAAGGGUUUCAAGAUGGAGGUCGGGCAAUACAUUUUUGUCAAAUGUCCAGCAGUGUCUAAACUGGAAUGGCAUCCAUUCACAUUAACCUCUGCCCCAGAAGAGGAUUACUUCAGCAUUCAUGUCCGUAUUGUAGGAGACUGGACAGAGGGCUUGUUCAAUGCCUGUGGAUGUGAUAAGCAGGAGUUCCAGGAAGCAUGGAAGUUGCCCAAGAUAGCUGUAGAUGGCCCCUUUGGAACCGCCAGUGAGGAUGUGUUCAGUUAUGAAACUGUUAUGCUGGUUGGAGCCGGGAUAGGGGUAACGCCAUUCGCAUCUGUGCUCAAGUCUGUCUGGUACAAAUACUGCCACGAUGCAACCAACCUAAAACUUAAGAAGAUCUAUUUUUACUGGCUUUGCAGGGACACUCAUGCCUUUGAAUGGUUUGCUGACCUCUUGCAGUCUCUGGAGACUCAAAUGCAGGAGAGGAAUAAUGCAGACUUUCUCAGCUAUAACAUCUACCUUACUGGCUGGGAUGAAACUCAGGCCACUCAUUUUGUAAUGCAUCAUGAAGAGGAGAAGGAUGUGAUUACAGGCCUUAAACAGAAAACAUUGUAUGGAAGACCUAACUGGGAAAAUGAGUUCAAAACCAUUGCGAGGCAGCAUCCGGGUUCCAGAAUAGGUGUUUUUCUCUGUGGACCUGAGGGCCUCGCUGACACACUCAGCAAGCAGAGCAUCAGCAACUCAGAAGGUGACCCACGAGGAGUACACUUCAUUUUUAACAAGGAAAACUUCUAACUCCCAGACACGUGGCAGUCAUUCAUUACAAAGUCUGAACAUUGAUCUCUUUCUGUUUGGAAUCUGGGAAGGAUAGCCCAGCUUCUGACUCAGCUACACUAACACAUAUCCCAUUGCUUCUUCGGAGUUAUUUUGAUGCUGUGGUAGAGUAAGAAUCAAGUUUCACCUUAGGAAAGUUUGCACUGCCCCCCACAUGCUGACAAUUUAGCCGAAACCUAUUUGUCUUCAUGAGGGGAUUUCCUCUCAAAUAACUGCCUUUAUCCUCCUGUUAUUCAUAAUGACUGCUGAAGGUUCUAGGCAGCCAUAUGCAUUUGGGAUCCAAUUCACAUUGAUAAAGCUUAAUGCUAUUAAACAAGAAAGCA